UUUUUUUCUUUUCUCUCUCUGUUUUUUUAGCCGCCGCCCGUUUAAUCCAAGUGAGGUCAGACCUCAUCAAAUUCCAGAUUGAAAAACGAAUUAUAUACUUUUUUUAAGUAAUGAAAGAAUUUGAGAACUUGAGGAGUUGCUCCGGUUCUGCAUUUGAUUCACAAUUUGUGAUGAUCGACUCAUAGAAUGUGAGAGAGCUAUUUAGACAGCAAUGUCGGACAACGGAUGUACGAGAGGGGCUUGGGCCGCGACCACUCGUAUACCUUUUCGACCCGGAAGCCGGUCUUACAAUUGCCCUGACCGAGCAGCUAACCCCGGACAUAGAAAGUAGUUUGAUCAUUUCCUUGCCCGAGGGCCGAGCCGUGGUCGACUAAACACCGAGAGUGGGGCGUGAUGUAUAUAUACUCCUUUUUUCUCUCUUUUUUCUUUUUUCUUUUUUUCUUUUCUCUCUCUGUUUUUUAGCCACCGCCUGUUUAAUCCAAGUGAGGUCGGACCUCAUCAAAUUCAAGAUUGAAAAACGAAAUAUAAACUUUUUUUAAGUAAUGAAAGAAUUUAAGAACUUGAGGAGUUGCUCCGGUUCUGCACUUGAUCUACAAUUUGUGAUGAUUGACUCAUAGAAUGUGAGAGAGCUGAUCUGCAAUCCAUUCUUCAUCAACGAGCUUGCAGUACUCCGCUUUCAUGUAAAAUCUUGUACCCCUUUGACAACGAUUCUUCCAUGCCUUCGUGUAAUAGCUCCAUUUUGCAAGAUAUGUUCCACUUUAGCAACGGUGCUUUCAAGCCUUCGAACCCCUUGACAACGGCACUUCCACGCUAUUGUGAAUUUCUGCGGCAUAGGGCGUCUUCGUAUUAUCUGAAGGAUGUGUCCAAGUCCACAAUAAUGGUGUGACUGGAAUGUUUAUGCACCUCUUCCUUUGGUGUCAAUCUCUAGAACCCUUGAGCCAAAGCUUCUAGAACGCGGGUGGCUUCUCGGAACGCUUGCACCCCUGCAUGAAGUUAUGUUAGCUUUGUGUGCGGAGCACAAUAUGGCUCACCUUUAAGACGAUCACAGGCAGAUUUCCCGUUACGACCGUGACCCAGUGUACCCCUUGAGUUUCCAGGAUUCGACAAUUGAUUCCAGAGAUCUCCUGUCAGCAUCAUCACCUGGCUCCUCACAUGACGGUCGUUGUAUUGUCCAUACUGCUCGGUGUGAAUGAAAACUUCAUGUCGGAGUUCUCGUCCUCCGGAUCAUCACGCUUCCCUUUGUCUUCCUUAUUUCCUUCUUUCCUUCUUCUUCAUCCUUCUUCCUCUGCUUGGCAUCUUCUGCCUCCGCCUGGCGGUCUGCACGCCCUUGUGGAAUGGCUUCGCUUUGCAAGGUUUGUAGCCCCUUAGCAUCAGUACUUCUGGACCUUCAUGGUUAGCUCCACGUUGCAAGGUCUGUACCCCUUUAGGAACGAUGCUUCCAGGACUUCGAGUAACAGCUCCGCGUUGCAAGUUCUGUACCCCUUUAGCAACAGUGCUUCCUUCCCGGGAAGAGUGUUGUCGGGAGGGCCCCUUCCUGGCUGCUGCUGCGUUGCAAGGUCUGUACCCCUUUAGCCACAAUGCUUCCCUUUGUCUUCCUUCUUUACUUCUUGUCGGAGUUCUCAUCUUCCAGGUCAUCACACUUCCCUUUGUCUUCCUUCUUUCCUUCUUCUUCAUCCUUCUUCCUCUGCUUGGCGUCUUCUGCCUCAGCCUGGCGGUAUGCAUGCCCUUGUGGAAUGGCUUCGCGUUGCAAGGUUUGUAACCCCUUAGCAACGGUACUUCUAGACCUUCAUGAUCAGCUCCAUGUUGCAAGGUCUAUACCCCUUUAGCAAUGAUGCUUCCAGGACUUCGAGUAACAGCUCCGCGUUGCAAGGUCUAUACCCCUUUAGCAAUGGUGCUUCCUUCCUUCCUGGGACGAGUGUUACCGGGAGGGGCUUCUUCCUGGCUGCCGCUGCGUUGCAAGGUUUGUACCCCUUUAGCCACGAUACUUCCAUGCCUUCGAGUAACAGCUCUGCGUUGCAAGGUCUGUACCCCUUUAUAAACGGUGCUUCCAGGAAUUUGAGUAACAGCUUCGCGUUGCAAGGUUUGUACCCCUUUAGCAAUGGUGCUUCCUCUCUUCCCGGGACGAGUGAGGGCCUCCUUCCUGGCUGCCGCUGUGUUGCAAGGUUUUUACCACUUUAGCAACGAUUCUUCAAUGCCUUCGAGUAAUAGCUCUAUGUUGCAAGGUAUGUGCCCCUUUGACAACAUCGCUUCAUCAUGGUACCAGUGGAUGGUUCAGGGGCAUGGAGGUCGGCCACGUAUGGCUCUCCCCCGACGACCCUUCUCCUCAGCUCGUGUAGCCUUAGCCUCAGAUCUUCCAUCGCAUCAGGGGUCGGUUCUGCUUGUGCGCGUCCAGCGUGGAGCUGAACUUGCGCAGAAGACUCUGCAACCUCUCGCGUAAGUGAGGUUGAGAUUUAGCAUGACGUCCAUCCGGGAAGGCUGUCCGCCUCCCUGGUUGAUGAGAGUGAUGAGACGAAUCAUCCCUUCCUUCCCUGGACGAGUGUUGCCGGGAGGGCCUCCUUCCUGGCUGUCGUAGUUGCACAUUUUACUGGGACACAUACUCCCUUCAGGAUCCGUUUGUGCUGGUACGUCUCCCUCCAUAUCGUCUGGAGGACACUUCUAAGACUCAUGCACUAAUGUGACUUGAAUGCUAGUGCUCUGCCUCCUGCGGCAUCAGCCUCCGGAAUCCCUGAGCCAAAUCCUCAAUAGCACGAGUGGCCUCUUGGAGUGCCUGUCAGGUCUCUAGGGCUCGAAAGGCUUUUCCUUAGAUUUCCCGUCGAUCUCACCUCUUGGCUUCUCACAUGAUGGCCGUUGGGCUGCUCUGAGUGUUUGGUGUGGAUAGAAACGUCCUCAUAAUGUCUGGAGCGGUCAGGGCGUACAGGCGUAGAGCAUAAGCGCAUACACGAUGUGUCUUUUUCGGAGCUCCGCAUGGACCGUACAGACGUACAUGCGUAAGGUGCAGGGCUUCGCGGCGGUGUUGCAUCGUUGCACGACCGAUCAAUGCUAACGACUAUCCUGCAAUCUUAGAAAAUUUUAAUAGAAAUUCCAAAUAUAAAUUUUUAAUGUUUGAUAUAUGUCGUCAUUGAUGACCGCUCCAAUUUGAAUGCAGUUCUUGGUGAGAAAGGACUGAAUCGGAGCUCAGGUAUCCUUGACUUGGUCAUUGAUGAGUUACUCGAGAUCCAUCUUCUUUUACCCCUUAGAGUGUUAAAUAAUUUAGAUUGACAUCUCAAUUAUUUUUUGAUAAAAAAGAAUUUUGGCAUUAGGUGAAAUUUUGACUAGUCAAACUUGAAGUUGCUUGGAGAGAAGAAGUCAAGCAGUGGGCAGUCAUCUUCUCCAACGGUGUUCAGAAGAGAGGAGUCGUCUGCAUUUGCUGGGCUACAGAUCGGAGUUGGCUAGGAUGUUCCAGCCGUCCUCGUCGCUCCUGGUACCUGCUAUGGAAUAGAGGCGUGAGGGUGCCGCUGCUACAGACUACCUCGGCUGGGAAGAGGCGUGGACCCAUCGAUCAUCCUUGCUGUCGACGAGAGAGAAAAGGGGCUUCGCCGAAUCAGACGCUGCAGCGACAACAGAGAAGAAAUUCAUGGCGUUCAAUUUGCUUUUCCAGGCCUCAAGCGGCCAUUGAUGGCGGAUAACCAUGGUAGCUCGACUCAGAGGCGGUGGAACGACCUGCUGGCUGACGUCGUGGCAGCUCUGCGAGACACACCCGGCGAGGGACCGCUGGUGUGGCUGAAUUUGGUGAGGUGGAGAGCCGGGUGCUCUGGCGGUACCUGGUCCUCCAAUAGCAGAGCAUCACCAUCGGCCACCUUCUUCUUCGCCCGGAUCCGUUUCAGAUCUCAAAAUUUGAGAUUUAAGUCUAAUUUUUGCUAGGGAUCACCGGAUAGUAGGCUGCGUAUUUACAGAUUUUUCUUGUACUACGUAUUUUUUAUGAAUUUUUGCUGAAUUCCGGCUGAAUUGUGAUGAAUUCUUUAUGCUUUUUUGCGUGAUAUCCUACUUCAUCACUGCUCGAAUCUUCCCAGUUUCCUACCGAAAAUAUAUCGGGUGAUUGGCCGUAGAGAAUAGCCUAG